AUGGAUUAUCUUGAGCAGGAAAAUCGGGUACUUCGUGAAGAAAUGACAGUCAUGCAGACUAGGAUGGACGAGAUGGCUGAAUUAAUAAAAACAAUGGCAGAAACUCAGACUCAAGCUCAAGCACAGAUUCAAGCACAAGCGCAAGCAUUGGCACAAGCGCAAACUCAAGCUCAGGCCGUAACAGAAGCGCAGGCCCGAUCACAAGCACCUCCACCCCCUCCUCCUAUCAGAACUCAGGCCGAGGCAUCUUCUUCUUGGACGCUAUGUGCUGACACUCCAACGCAGUCCGCUCCGCAACGUUCCACGCCUUGGUUUCCACCUUUCACUGCUGGGGAGAUAUUUCGUCCUAUCACUUGUGAAGCUCAGAUGCCCACUCACCAGUACACGGCUCAGGUACCCCUACCUGCCAUGAGGGUCACUCCAGCCACCAUGACCUACUCAGCACCUGUGAUACAUACAAUCCCGCAAACUGAAGAACCUAUCUUUCAUUCAGGGAAUGUAGAGGCUUACGAGGAAGUAAGCGACCUACGAGAAAAGUAUGAUGAACUACGCCGAGACAUGAAAGUCCUCCGUGAAAAAGGGAAAUUUGGGAAGACUGCGUACGAUCUCUGUUUGGUACCGAGUGUGCAGGUACCUCACAAAUUCAAGAUUCCAGACUUCGAGAAAUACAAAGGGAGUUCUUGCCCUGAGGAACAUCUAAAAAUGUAUGUGAGAAGGAUGCCUGCGUAUGCCCAAGAUGAUCAGAUUCUUAUUUACUACUUCCAAGAAAGCUUGACCGGCCCUGCUUCAAAAUGGUACACAAACCUAGACAAAACAAGGGUUCAAACUUUCCGUGACCUUUGUGAAGCUUUUGUGGAACAGUACAGUUACAAUGUAGACAUGACUCCGGACCGAAGUGAUCUCCAAGCCAUGACUCAGGGAGAUAAAGAGACGUUCAAAGAGUAUGCCCAACGGUGGAGAGACACCGCUGCCCAAGUCAGCCCACGAAUUGAGGAGAAAGAGAUGACCAAGCUCUUCCUAAAAACUUUGAAUCAUUUUUAUUACAAAAAGAUGGUCGGGAGUACACCAAAGAGCUUCGCGGAGAUGGUUGGUAUGGGAGUACAGUUAGAAGAAGGAGUCCGAGAAGGACGCUUAGUAAAGAAUACAACUCCUGCCAGUGGGACCAAGAAGACCGGGAACCAUUUCCCGAGGAAGAAAGAACAAGAAGUCAGUAUGGUGACUCAUGGAGGGCCUCAACAAACUUAUCCAGCCUAUCAACACAUUGCUGCCAUCACACCCACCUCUCACCCUUUUCAACAAACAAAUAACCAUCCUCAAAUACCACAAUAUCCUCAAAUACCACAAUAUCCUCAAUUCCCACAAAAUCCUUCACCACAAAAUGUCCAACCACAAAAUCAACCAUACCAACAAUACCCAUAUCAACAAUACACUCAACAAAAUUUCCAACAACAACCUUAUCAACAACGCCCACAACAACCUCGACCACCAAGAAUGCCGAUUAACCCAAUACCAGUCACCUAUGCAGAAUUACUUCCCGGCUUACUCAAGAAAAACCUUGUCCAAACUAGAACAGCUCCUCCUAUCCCAGAAAAACUACCAUCUUGGUAUAGACUUGACCAGACUUGUGACUUCCAUGAAGGGGGCCGUGGCCAUAACAUUGAAACUUGUUAUGCCUUUAAAAGCACAGUGCAGAGGCUGAUCAAUGAUGGAAAAAUAACUUUCACAGACUCGGCGCCAAAUGUUCAAACAAACCCGUUGCCGAAUCAUGGUGCCGCAACAGUCAACAUGAUCGAAGAUUGUCAAAAGACUUGUCCCAUUCAGAAUGUUCAACAUAUCAGAACACCCUUGGUUCCGUUACAUGCCAAGUUAUGCAAAGUCGACCUUUUUGAGCAUGAUCAUGAUCUCUGUGAAAUAUGCCUUAUGAACUCCGGAGGAUGUCAGAAAGUAAAAAAUGAUAUUCAAGGGCUUCUGGACCGAGGAGAGCUUGUGGUCGAAAGGAAGUGUGAUGAUGUGUGUGUAAUAACUCCCGAAGGACCUUUGGAGGUAUUUUAUGACAGUCGAAAGUCAACUAUCACCCCUCUGGUGAUCUGCUUACCGGGUCCACUGCCAUAUGCUUCUGAAAAAGCCAUUCCAUACAAAUACAAUGCCACCAUGAUUGAAGAGGGUCGUGAGGUUCCAAUACCGCCUUUGUCUAGUGUGGAUAAUAUUGUUGAAGACAGUAGAGUUCUGAGGAAUGGGCGCGUUGUUCCCAUAGUAUUCCCAAAGAAGAUUGAUGCUACAAUAAACAAGGAGGUUCGGACUAAAGAUGCUGGUAUCGCCAAAGAAGUGGAUCAACCCAAUGGGGAUGGUACAAGUGCAGAGUUUGAUGAGAUUCUCAAGUUAAUAAAGAAGAGCGAGUACAAGGUUGUUGACCAACUGAUGCAGACUCCAUCCAAAAUAUCCAUAAUGUCUUUAUUACUAAAUUCUGAGGCCCAUAAAGAUGCAUUAAUGAAGGUUUUAGAACAAGCUUUUGUGGAUUAUGAUGUAACGGUGGGUCAGUUUGGCGGAAUAGUAGGGAACAUCACUGCAUGCAACAACUUGAGUUUCAGUGAUGAAGAGCUCCCAGCAGAAGGAAGGAACCAUAAUCGGGCGCUGCAUAUAUCUGUGAAUUGUAAAACCGAUGCUUUGUCAAAAGUGCUGGUGGAUACUGGAUCAUCUUUGAAUGUAUUGUCCAAAACAACUUAUACCCAACUCGCUUACCAAGAUGCACCUUUGAGACGAAGUGGGGUAAUGGUGAAAGCUUUUGAUGGCUCGAGGAAGGAUGUCCUUGGAGAGGUGGUUCUACCUAUCACAGUUGGGCCACAAGUUUUCCAAGUUAAUUUUCAAGUCAUGGACAUUCAAGCUUCGUAUAGUUGCCUACUGGGUCGACCCUGGAUUCACGAGGCAGGGGCUGUCACAUCCACGCUGCAUCAAAAGCUGAAGUUUGUAAAGAAUGGGAAGCUAGUAACUGUAAACGGUGAAGAGGCUUUAUUGGUGAGUCAUUUGUCAUCUUUCUCUUUCAUUGGGGCAGACGAUGUCGAAGGGACACCUUUUCAAGGGUUUACUAUAGAAGAUAAGAAAACCCAGAGGAAUGAAGCCUCUAUCUCGUCUCUGAAAGAUGCUCAGAAGGUCAUACAAGCAGGAGGGUCCACAAGCUGGGGAAAGCUAAUAGAGCUUCCAGAAAACAAGCACCGAGAAGGUUUGGGUUUCUUCCCAUCUACUAGUUUGUCCACAGCAAAGAAGGGCACUUUCCACAGUUCGGGCUUUAUCCAUGCAAUCAUUGAAGAUGAUCCUGAAAGUGUGCCACGAGGUUUUAUAACGCCAGGAGUAUCCAGCCACAAUUGGGUUGCUGCGGAGGAAGAAGAGAAUGAAGAGAUCCCUGACGAAAUCUCUCGACUACUCGAACAAGAAAGGAAGACCAUUCAGCCUUAUGGGGACGAACUAGAAGUGAUUAACUUGGGCACCAAAGAAGACAAGAAAGAAAUCAAGGUUGGGGCAUCGCUCGAAACAAGUGUUAAAAAGCAAGUGAUAGAGCUCCUCGAAGAGUAUGUUGAUGUGUUUGCCUGGUCCUACCAAGAUAUGCCGGGUCUAGACACUGAUAUUGUGGUACAUCACCUACCUUUGAAACCUGAGUGUCCGCCAGUCAAACAAAAGUUGAGAAGAACACGUCCCGACAUGGCUCUCAAAAUCAAAGAAGAGGUACAGAAACAGAUCGACGCUGGUUUCCUCAUCACAUCAAAUUACCCCCAGUGGUUAGCUAACAUAGUGCCUGUUCCAAAGAAAGAUGGUAAGGUCAGAAUGUGUGUUGACUACCGUGAUUUAAACAAAGCUAGCCCGAAAGACGACUUUCCUUUACCUCAUAUUGACGUGUUGGUUGACAGUACUGCCAAGUCUAAAGUCUUCUCAUUCAUGGAUGGAUUCUCCGGUUAUAAUCAAAUCAAGAUGGCACCCGAAGAUAGAGAGAAAACAUCAUUUAUUACACCUUGGGGCACUUUUUGCUACAAAGUAAUGCCGUUCGGUUUAAUCAAUGCAGGAGCUACUUAUCAGAGGGGUAUGACUACUCUUUUCCACGAUAUGAUACAUAAAGAGAUUGAGGUCUAUGUGGAUGAUAUGAUAGUCAAGUCGAUUACUGAAGAAGACCAUGUCAAGUAUCUACAGAAGAUGUUCCAGCGCCUGAGGAAGUACAAACUUCGUCUAAAUCCCAACAAAUGCACUUUUGGUGUCAGAUCCGGAAAGCUUCUAGGUUUCAUUGUCAGCCAGAAAGGCAUCGAAGUAGAUCCUGACAAAGUCAAAGCCAUCAGAGAGAUGCCUGCUCCGAGAACAGAAAAAGAAGUAAGGGGUUUUCUUGGACGACUAAAUUACAUCUCCCGGUUCAUUUCUCAUAUGACUGCAACUUGUGGGCCGAUAUUCAAACUACUCCGCAAAGAACAAAGUAUUGUGUGGACCGAAGAUUGCCAGAAGGCUUUUGACAGCAUAAAGAAGUACUUGCUAGAACCACCGAUUCUCAUCCCUCCAGUUGAAGGAAGACCUUUGAUCAUGUACCUAACAGUGCUAGAAAAUUCCAUGGGUUGUGUGCUCGGACAACAAGAUGAAACCGGAAGAAAAGAGCACGCCAUUUAUUAUUUAAGCAAGAAGUUUACUGAAUGUGAAUCUCGCUACUCCAUGCUCGAGAAGACGUGUUGUGCUCUAGCCUGGGCUGCCAAACGCCUCCGUCAUUAUAUGAUUAAUCACACUACUUGGCUGGUAUCUAAAAUGGAUCCAAUCAAGUACAUAUUUGAGAAGCCCGCUUUGACAGGAAGGAUUGCACGGUGGCAGAUGCUACUAUCUGAAUAUGAUAUCGAGUACCGUUCCCAGAAGGCAAUUAAAGGCAGUAUUCUUGCUGAUCACUUAGCUCACCAACCACUUGAAGACUAUCGACCUAUCAAGUUUGACUUUCCUGAUGAAGAGAUUAUGUAUCUAAAGAUGAAAGAUUGUGACGAGCCACUAUUCGGAGAAGGUCCUGAUCCAGAUUCAGUAUGGGGUUUGAUAUUUGAUGGGGCUGUCAAUGUAUACGGCAACGGCAUAGGGGCAGUACUCCUUACUCCUAAGGGUGCUCACAUCCCUUUCACAGCAAGACUCCGGUUUGACUGCACGAACAACAUCGCUGAAUAUGAAGCCUGCAUCAUGGGUAUUGAAGAAGCCAUUGAUCUAAGAAUCAAGAACAUCGAAAUAUAUGGAGAUUCAGCUCUUGUAAUCAACCAGAUCAAAGGAAAAUGGGAAACUCUUCACGCAGGACUAAUACCUUAUCGAGACUAUGCAAGACGUUUAUUGACCUUCUUCAACAAAGUGGAAUUACAUCAUAUCCCUCGGGAUGAGAAUCAGAUGGCUGAUGCCUUGGCUACUUUGUCUUCAAUGAUCAAGGUGAAUCAUCACAAUGACGUGCCACUAAUCAGUGUCAAAUUCCUUGAUAGACCCGCUUAUGUGUUUGCCGCUGAAGCAGUUUUCGACAAUAAACCCUGGUUUCAUGAUAUUAAGGUGUUUCUCCAAACUCGAGAGUAUCCUCCUGGAGCAUCCAACAAAGAUAAGAAGACUCUCAGAAGAUUAUCUAGUAAUUUCUUCCUGAAUGGGGAUAUCUUGUACAAAAGAAACUUUGACACGGUCUUGCUCAGAUGUGUAGACAAAUAUGAAGCUGAUUUAUUGAUACAUGAAAUACACGAAGGAUCUUUCGGAAUUCAUCCUAAUGGGCACACAAUGGCUAAAAAGAUAUUGCGAGCAGGCUACUACUGGAUGACAAUGGAAUCAGAUUGCUACAAGCAUACCAGAAAGUGUCACAAGUGUCAGAUAUACGCCGACAAGAUUCAUAUGCCGCCAACUACACUCAAUUUGCUUUCCUCUCCGUGGCCUUUCUCUAUGUGGGGCAUUGACAUGAUCGGAAGGAUUGAGCCCAAAGCUUCAAAUGGACACCGUUUUAUCUUAGUGGCUAUUGACUACUUCACUAAGUGGGUUGAGGCCGCAUCAUAUGCCAAUGUGACCAAGCAAGUAGUGGUCAAAUUUAUCAAGAAUCAUAUCAUUUGUCGCUAUGGCAUCCCCAACCGGAUCAUCACCGACAACGAAACAAAUCUAAACAACAAGAUGAUGAAAGAAUUGUGUGAUGAUUUCAAGAUCGAGCACCAUAACUCUUCACCUUACAGACCCCAAAUGAAUGGUGCUGUCGAAGCUGCAAAUAAGAAUAUAAAGAGGAUUGUCCAGAAGAUGGUGGUGACUUAUAAAGAUUGGCAUGAAAUGCUUCCCUUUGCAUUACAUGGAUAUCGUACUUCUGUACGCACAUCAACAGGGGCAACCCCUUUCUCCCUGGUAUAUGGCAUGGAGGCAGUACUUCCUGUAGAAGUCGAAAUUCCAUCAUUGAGAGUCCUAAUGGAGGCUGACUUAUCAGAAGCUGAAUGGGUUCAGAAUAGAUACGACCAGUUGAAUCUAAUCGAAGAAAAGCGCAUGACAGCCCUAUGUCACGGACAGUUAUAUCAAAAAAGGAUGAAACAGGCCUUUGACAAGAAAGUUCGUCCCCGUGAGUUUAAAGAAGGUGAUCUCGUGCUCAAAAAGAUUUUCUCUUUCCAACCAGACUCCCGAGGCAAGUGGGCUCCUAAUUAUGAAGGGCCAUAUGUUGUUAAAAAGGCCUUCUCAGGUGGUGCCAUGACUCUACAAACCAUGGACGGUGAAGAACUUCCACGACCUGUAAACACGGAUGCAGUCAAGAAAUACUUUGUCUAAAAACUUUAAAAGAACAAGCUCGGUAAGUCGAAAACCCGAAAAGGGCGACUUAGGCAAAAAUGAGCGUCUCGGUGGACUGAAAACCCGAAAGGGCGGUCCAGGCAAAAAUUAGAGACAAUAAACAGAGAUCAUUAUCCUGAUAGAGUGAAAACCCGAAAGGGCAGUCUAUGCAAAAAAAAA